CGCAGGCCCAGGGUGCGUGCCGUGGUUCCGGUGGGUGGCUAACAUGGCGGCCUCCACCUGGAUGCGCGCGGUCCUCCUGUUUUUGUGUGCCUCGGACCUGCUGCUUCUUCCUCCUCCUGGGGCCCGCGCGGCCGACACGCCGGGCGAAGCCACCCCACCUCCGCGGAAGAAGAAGAAGGACAUCCGCGAUUACAAUGAUGCCGACAUGGCGCGACUUCUGGAGCAGUGGGAGAAAGAUGACGACAUAGAAGAAGGGGACCUUCCAGAGCACAAGCGACCCUCCGCACCCGUCGACUUCUCAAAGCUAGACCCAGGCAAGCCUGAGAGCAUCUUGAAAAUGACGAAGAAAGGGAAAACGCUAAUGAUGUUUGUCACUGUGUCCGGGAACCCCACUGAGAAGGAGACGGAGGAAAUUACCAGCCUGUGGCAGGGCAGUCUGUUUAAUGCCAACUAUGAUGUUCAGAGGUUCAUCGUGGGAUCAGACCGCGCUAUCUUCAUGCUCCGGGAUGGGAGCUAUGCCUGGGAGAUCAAGGACUUUUUGGUUGGCCAAGACAGGUGUGCUGAUGUCACACUAGAGGGACAGGUGUACCCUGGCAAAGGAGGAGGAAGCAAGGAGAAAAAUAAAACAAAGCCAGAGAAGGGUAAAAAGAAGGAGAGAGAUGCCAAGCCGCGGGCUUCCAAGGAAGAUAAUCGAGCUGGGAGCAGGAAAGAGGAUCUCUAGCAGGCGGCCAGCUUCCCCCCGGGCAGGCAGGAGCCUGCAUUCCAGACGACAUUCUCAUGUCUUCUAGAGGGUCAGUGUGUGACCUGGUCAGUAUCGCAGUUACUGUAUGAAGGCUUCACAUAUGGAGACAGGCUUUGUGACUGGUAGUGGACACUGGCAAGUCAUGCUAACUGUGGCAUCGCCUACACGGGAACCUGAUAGCCGUUCUGUACCUCUUAUGCUGGCGAGUCCUUGACGUCUCCAGGGUGCCGCUCCCACCUCUUCACUGCUCUCGCCAGACAGCCUGAGAACCCGCGGCUUGACUGAGGCAGGCAGUGACUGUCAGUCAGUGAAGAUAAGUGUGCUGUGUGAGCCGUGCAGCUGGCUCUGCACACCCAGGGUCCCGACAGCCAGCUCGUGCGGGAUGUACGGGUUCACGAGACGCGCCACCCGAAUCCCGAGGAAUCAUUUCAGAUGAGCCCUCCUCAUCAGUCCAGGAGCCCCACUGUCUGCCAGUCUUCCUGGGGUUGGAGAGGGAACGCGGUUUGUUCUGACUCGUGUGAGGAGAGAAGGGCGCUUCAGUUGAGGGCUCAUGCUCUCGUGGCCCGACAGCUGUGACGUUGGCGAGGAGGGACCAGCAGAAUCUUCCGUCACGUGGACCUCACAUACAGCAUUUCUGAGUGGUUUUCUUUGAUAAAGUGCCUGAACUUGUGCUUUCGGAUGGUUCUCUCGUGGUGUGCUGUUGCUCACAUCCGGGUUUUGCUGUUUGUAGGUUGAAGCCUAUCUAAAAGAACAUUUCUAUGAGGAAGCCUUUUCUAAGAACCUACAUUCUUUAAAACCUCGGUUGUGAUUGUAAGCAAUUCAGAAUGGUACAUGCACUCAUACAUGGCUAGGAAGUGUCACCGUUAGAGCGCUGCGGUGUGAAUUGCCCCUGCCCUGCUGCCGGUAGUUUGUCCCAGUGGAGCUACUGCUGAUCGUUUGUUUUUCAGAAAUAAAGUACGUUUACCAGC